AUGACCUUUGAAUGCAGUCGACUUGAACCAACUUUCUUCAUUCCUGCGUCCAUCUUGCAGAAAAGUGCGAGCUUGUCAAAUGCUUUGAUCCUCUUCGUGAUGAUUUUGAAUCAUUUCCCCAUGCUUUUGCUCAUCUUGGGUCUUGGCUUAACCAUUCGUCAAGUCUGUAAUGCGAUUUUCGUCCGCCCAUUCCUGUCCUCGCGAAAGUCCAAGGCUCUAGGCUGUGGUGCCAUUCCACUCGAAAGGACGAAAUGGCCUCUUGGACUCGACAUGGUCCGAGCAGGGCUAAAGGCUGAUCGAGAGCAGCGCACGCCGGAUUUUGUCACCAGGCGGUUCCUCGAUAUUGGUCGCUGGACUUUCCGCAUUAGCAUUCUCGGAACGUCAAACAUAAUCACAGCCGAGCCAAAGAAUGUCCAGGCCGUACUUGCCAGUCAGUUCAAUGAUUUCGAAAUGGGGCGAGCCCGGAAGACAAACCUGAAAGCCGUAUUGGGACGGAGCAUAUUUGCUGUGGACGGCCAAGCAUGGCACUCGGCCCGAGAUGUUGUGCGUCCAAUCUUCGCCAGGGAGAAUAUUGCCAACCUGAAAAUGCUGGAGAGUCAUGUGCAGACUUUAUUCGCCUGCAUUGAAAAAUCAUCUAUCGAUCAAUCCGGCUGGACAGAGCCAGUUGGUCUGGCAAGGCUAUUCCCAUCCCUUACUAUCGACAGUGCGACCGAGCUAUUCCUUGGGCAGAGCACCCACUCGCUUCCUGCUAGACUAAAAGGCGAGCCACUGCAGCACGACUUUCAUUGGGCCUUUGAGCGUGUUCAGGCAACACUAAGCGUCCGUAUGCGACUUCGCAGUCUUUACUGGGUAUACGGCCAUAAAAGACUUCAGGAGUCAAUGAGAGUUCUGAACGCCUUUGUGGACAACAGCCUAAGGUCAGCCGACAUUGCCAAACGGGAAAUAAAGUACGAUUUUCUCAACAGCCUUCGUGAACGAUGCACAGACCAGAAUGAAGUACGUGAGCAAGUUCUCGGUCUCCUGGCAGCGGGCAGGGACACUACGGCAAGUCUUAUGGGCUGGGUCUUCUACUGCCUAGUGAGGAAUCCUCGAGUUUUCGAAAAGCUUCGCAAUGUAAUUCUAGAGGAAUUUGGACCAGAUACCGCAGAUACAGACAUUGUAACUAGACAGGUCACUUUCCACAAGCUGAAAGGGUGUCGAUACCUCCAGCACGUCAUGAGCGAGACCCUCCGCCUACACAGUAUCGUCGCCUUCAACAGCCGGAUGGCUGUUAGAGAUACGACGAUUCCCACGGGUGGCGGCCCCGACGGCACGCUGCCGGUUUUCGUUCCGGCUGGGACGGAGGUCAACUUCUCAACUCAUGUGAUGCAUAGGCGGAAGGAUCUUUGGGGCGAGGAUGCAGAUGUUUUCCGACCUGAAAGGUGGGAAACGAGUAGACCAGGCUGGAGCUACGUUCCGUUCAAUGGAGGGCCAAGAAUCUGUAUUGGGCAGCAGUUUGCCCUGACUGAGGCGGGCUAUGUUAUCGUACGGAUGUUGCAAAGGUACGACGGUAUUGAAGGGUUAGACAUCCGUCUAGAUCAGGAGUACACGCACUUCACCAUUGUGGCAGCACCUGGUACCCCAACGCGGGGCGAUGAGGCGGUCAAAUGUCGAUUAAGACUCACCAUCAGGUAA